UUCACUUCUACAUAACACAAAUAAUAUGUUACUAUGGUAGUCACAGACUGGAAUUGUGCUGUGGAACCUCUGUGACAUCAUAGUGUCCAAGCACAGUCAUCAUAGACAUUAUGACAUCAUGAACAGUCACCUAUGGUUUAUUGUGACAUCACCAUGCCUCUGUAUCCAUUUGGGGUCAACAAGGUAUGCCUGGCACAGUGAGUCAGUGGGUCAUGAGGUAUGGCAUCUUGGAGGUUGUCAAAUCCAUCAACUACACUUGGUAGGUUCAGAUAAUUCAUUGAAAAAUAGAUAUUGCAUUACAAUAUCAUUGGUUAUUACAAUAUAUAGAACAUGUCAACCAUAUUAUUAGAUUAUAGAGGUAAAACAUAAGGCAGCAGGCUAUUGUAGACGAUUGUUUCAGUCUGAAAGAACUUAGUGGUACUCUGUUUCCUUGCCAGUCUGUGGGAGGCGUAGGGGGCUCAGGAGACAACCUCUCUCCAUGGCCAGAGACUCACUGAAAGGGAUGAGGAGGGGGAGAGAGGGGAGAGGGAAGCAUGGGACUCCAGCCUGCCCCUGCCCACCAGGAGCCUCUGAGCCAACAGAGAGGAGAGACUCUCCCCAGCCACAGCGCAGGAGAAUGGAUGCCAACACUGUGAGGAGGCGCAGGCCUCCACUAGUCGCCUCUAGAGAUGAGAUGAAACGCUCUCCCCGUAAGAGGCUGGAGGCCGACUCUGUGAGGAGUUGCAGGUCUCCGUGCGGAAGAAGGAGAAACUCUCCCCAAGGCAGGUUAGCCAACCCUAUCAGGAGAGGCAGGUCCCAGAUCGAGAGGGACCAAGCUCCUGGGGGCCGCAGAGAGAGGGAGGGAAAGAGUGAUGAGAGUAAGGAAGAGGAAGGAAGCAGCAGUAGCAGCUCCAGCUGUGCCAGUGAGAGUGAGACAUCUGGAGAGAGUGAAGGAGAAAGGCAGGAGAGAGAAAGUAGAAGAGCAAUGGAGCAGGCUUCUUGUCUGUUUGAAGAGAUAUCAGGGCUGAGGGUCAGGGAGAGUCCCUCCCAGGAGAUAGAGAGUGAGGAACAACAACAACAACAACAACAAGCAUUCCCUUAUAUGUUUAGAGAAAGGACUAACAGAACACCCAACCAUUUACCAAGGGAGAACGCAAGAGGCCGAGCCAGACCCAAACCAAAACCCAGUAGGAGCGAACCAACCAACAAGGACUCUCCCGGUCCAUCCCAAGCCAAGAACCCACACAUGAGGCCCAACAUGAUCAAACUGAAGUCCAGAAAGAGAGUCAAAGCCAAGGACAUGGGGGAGGAAUCACUCCCGAGCCGACGCAGAAGUCGAAGUGAGACAUCCAGCAGAAGUCCUUCUUCUCAGAGUGAGACAGUAGGAAGACAAGUCCCUCCAGCCUUAACGUACACUCAUAGACUCAGGCCCAGAGCCCCAGCUCCAGCUCCACAUAGGCAGGCUGAGCUUGAGAGAGAAGCUGCUGCCAUUACAGAGAGAGGAAGGAAGAGAAAAGAGAAAACCCUGAGAGGACAGAACGAAGUGAAGGAGGAAGAGGAGGAAGAGGAAAAUGACAGUGUGGUUCUUUCCUGUUCGGGACUGAAGGGAGGGAGGAGAGGAGGGCUGGUGAACAAUGGUAAGGGACUAAACCUGGGAAGGCGUGAUGAUAACACCAAACAGAGGAAAAGAAAGAGAGCCAGAGAGGAGGAGGAGAGCAAUGAGGAGUUGGUGGAGAGGGUGUGGUCCAGGGAGGGCUGGAAGAGGAAUAAGAACAAUAGAACCACUAGUGCAGAGAUUCCCAUCGUUGUCCACUAUCUAACCCGACAAAGGAGAGGCCAGUUGAAGAACCCACUACCCAACUAUAGAGGAUCAUCCUCUUCUUCUUCAUCCUCAGACUCCAGUAUCUUUCAUCUUGGACCCAACCCCAGCAGCUUUGAGUCUCUCUUCACACUGGGGAGCAUGCUGGGUAAAGGAGGAUGUGGGGCGGUCUACGCCGCCAUGCGCAAAAGUGACGGUCAACAGGUGGCCAUAAAGUAUGUGAACAGAGGAAUGGCCGAGCCGUACGUAAAGCUUCCUGGACAGAGGAGUGCCUUGCCCCUGGAGGUGGCCCUGAUGCAGAUCGUCUCACGGCCCCCGUCCUGCUGCUACGUGCUGGGCCUGCUGGAUUGGUUUGAGGAGGCAGAGUGGUUCAUCCUGGUGCUGGAGAGACCCUAUCCCUGCAUGGACCUGUUCGACUUCAUCGAGGAGCUGGGAGGCCGGGUGGACGAGUGUCUGGCCAGGAUCAUCAUGAUACAGGUGGUACUGGCUGUUCGGCAUUGCUGCGACCGAGGGGUCCUGCACCGAGAUGUCAAAGCUGAGAACCUGCUGGUGCAGACAGACAACCUGCAGGUUAAGCUCAUUGACUUUGGCUGUGGAGACCUUCUGAGAGAAUCCUCCUACAGAGACUACUCAGGCACAGAGGAGUACUGUCCUCCAGAGUGGGUGCUGAGCGGUGUGUACCAGGGCCGCCACGCCACCAUCUGGUCACUGGGGGUAUUGCUCUACGGCCUGGUGUGUGGCCGUCUGCCCUUCAACAAGGAGGCUGAUAUCAUCGCUGGGCGCCUGCGCUUCAAAAAGGGCCUGACUAAAGGUGAGGGGGAGGGAGAGUGUAAGGAGUUGAUCAACUGGUGUCUGCAACAGAAUCCCACCAAGAGGCCAGUUUUAGAGCAGAUCCUCCUUCAUGACUGGAUGGCAGAGGGACAGGUGAUCUAGGACGAGCUUUAGGAGACUGGGUGACUUACCACCUGGGUCAGCUGUGGCGGCUCACAAGAUACAAUGACAACAACGAUCAUGGAAGAAAUGCAAAAAUAACCUUUUCAAGCUACCAGUAUAUGAAUAAAGACAAGCAAGCAUUCAAAACACA